UUGAGAUUACUUUGCUACACAUACUUAUACCUACAUCAAGGGGUGUGUAUUCUAAUAAUUUUUUCGGUUCUUUGAUGAACACUUAACGUAAUACUGUCGUGUCGGUGCAAUCUAUACUAUUAUAUGAAAUUUUAAGUACCAGUCGAAUUUGCUGAUUUGGUUCCGUGAUUUUAAAUUCAAAAUUACCUAAAAAAGUUGAUGAAAAUUAUUAUAAUAAACUUCACAUUGAAAAAAUCGAAAUAUUUACCAAAGUCAAAAUGCUGAUUGAUAUACCCGCUGAGGAAGUCUCUAAUUUCCUCCAAGUCCUUAAAAAAGAACUACCUUAUUCAUUGUUUGCAAUAAACUACAUCGAAACUUGUAACAAAUGGAAGCAAAAAAAUGACCAAUUGGAAAUAUCCUUGUUGUACACCGAAAGCAGCAUGAAAACUGGCGUGUUCGUUGGAAUUCUAAAAUCAGGUUGUAACGGAAUAUCAGCUACUUUCUACGCAUUCGAUAAUUAUAGCAAUGAUUUAGAAAUAUCCCUGCAAAAAGUACCAAUACAUUGGUCAAAUGUGACACGAUUCGAAGGAAUUGUCGGCAAACAUACUCAAAUUGCUGAAAAGCUGAUAUCCGACUAUGGCAUAGAAAUGGAGUCCUUUCUUCUCACCAUUGUCUCGUUACCUAAAGAGGAUGCUUUGAAGCUUGAAGUAACAUGCCCUGAUCGAGUUGAAUUUGCACCAUUAAACGAUCAACACGCCAAUGAAAUUCAUAAUUUAUGGGGACUGAAAUACGACUAUAGCGUCGACGCCUUAAAAUACAGCAUACGUUAUAACAACGAAGCGGCUUACGGAGUAUUCUGUAAAACAUCAGGCGAGCUGUUAAGUAGAUGCAUCAGAUCGCAUACUGGCUUUCUGGGAGCUUUGCAAACUGUGAAAAGUGCCCAAAAUAAAGGAUAUGCCAAACUAUUACUGAAAUAUAUUGCGAAGAGACUUGCUGAAAAGGAUAUAUUACCUUGUGGUUUUAUCGAAGAUGAUAAUUUUGCUUCAUUACAUGUAUUCCGUUCAUUAGGAUUCAAGGAUAUGUGCAAAAUGAAGAAUUAUACCGCUCACAAAAAUGAUACACAUUCUUGUAAAAUGAUUAAUUAACUAGCUACCUUAUUAUAUACAUACAAUGAUUAAAAUAAUGCGAAAUUUGAAUUACCUACCUGUAUAAGUAUUUAAGUAUUGUUCUUGUUUUUUAUUUUUUUAUUUUCCCCUAAUUUUGUCCCCAGACGGUGCCUACCUUACCAUCCAGCAAUAGUAAAAUUUAGUGAAGUA